CAUCUUCAGCUAUCCAAACUCAUAAGACAAUACAAAUCAAAAUGUCUCAUCAGCAACUCGAAAUGAAGCAGAUAGUGAGUGAGGCACCGUACGUGACGGCGCCGCCACCGAUGGGUUACCCGAUGGUGAUGAUGAAUGACUCUCCCCAAACUGUACAGCCGACGCAGCAGAGCAAAGGCAGCGGUGGUUUUUUACGUGGAUGUUUGGCUGCGAUGUGCUGCUGCUGCGUUUUGGAUUGUGUCUUCUAGGGCUAGUUGCAUCUCUUUUUUCUUUUGAUUCUUUCUGUUUUCUUUGUAUAUUUUGCUUUUUGGGAGUUUGCUAUUUCUCAUUGUUUCUGUUGAGGUUUCUCUAUUACGUUUGAUUCUUCAUUAUACUCUGUAAUAAUUACAUUCUUUUCCUUUACUACUGAAUCAUUUUAAAAGUUUGUUA